CAUUUCCUCGAUCAGUUGAGGUGAUCAAAACAAAAAGCUCCAAACAGCCGUCAGUAAAUUUUCAACUUCAGAACACAAAGUGCUUCUAAACAGCUUCUUACCUACGUUACAGACGACAUCAGAAAGGUUCUCACAAAAUGCGUUCCAGACUAUCAAUCCUCAUGCUGAUUUGCCUGCAGCUGGCCAUCACUUUGCAGCCGAGUCAGAGCAGUGUUCACCAUCCACCAAGCUUUAAAUUAAAAGAACUUAUCCAUAAAGGACUUCACGAAUUAGAAGCACUGCACGAGAAGCAUGCUACAGGCAAAGCUGUCAUUCAGUCCCGCAAAUUUGGUUUGGGCAUCAAAGCAAUCCUAUUGAAACCACUACUUUUAAUCGCAUUAGCUAAAAUCAAACUCGCUCUUUUGCUUGGCAAACCUUUCGCUCUUUUGGCACUUAAAAAACUCUUACUCAAAGCUGCUCUCGGCAAGCUGUUGCUCAAGAUUCCGCUGAUCCUCCUCGGUGGCAAAGCUGUCAUCCUCGCCAAGGUGUUGGCUCUGAAAUUCGCCCUCGUAACCAAAGGUUUAAUUGGAUUAAAAGCUCCACUUGCUCUCCUCUUCCUUGGUGGAUUCCUGAAAGGCGCAAUUGGAGGAUCAGGAUUAGGUUUAGCUUUAGGUUUUGCUGGUUCCCUUCUUAAACUUAAGGGACUCGGUGCAAGUGAAGAAGAGUAUGACGAGCCAAGCUACACGUACCUUCCUCCUCCACCUCCUUCUGUCUAUAGUGGACCUGCUCCUUAUUCCUAUGCUCCAGUGUAUGAUGCCCCCGCUCCUUUGUAUUCCAACGGUGGAAGCCUUGGAAACAGCUUUGCAACGGGUUACGAGAACAACGCAGGUGGAUUCACUGGAGGUUAUGAAAAUGGCCGCAGGAAGCGCGACGUGGUAGAAGAAAAUGAUAGUGAAGAAGAAUUCGAUAGCGAAGAGGAUAGCUCCGAAGAAUCACCAGAAGAACUUCGUCUUGAAUUCGAAGCAGCACGCACAAAUGGAAAUGCUUAUCUGUACAUGGCUGCGCAAUUCGAUGAACAAUCCUGCGGCCGCCGUCUUAUGUGCGAAGUCUACCAGAAGUCCCAACACAGUCUGACGGAAGACGAGAAAAUUUUGCGGAAUAUCUUCGGCUAUCCGAUGUCUCCGUUGAACGAAGAGGAUAGAAACACACCUAAAGAAUCGUAUUACAGAGCGGCCCAAAUAGGCGCUUCUCAACAAGGCCGUGCCAAUAACCAAAUUUGCGCUCGUUUCUAUUCAACUUGCCCUCACAAUGCUGAACAACUCAUCCGCAUCUUUAUUGCAGACGAUAACGCAAAUGACAUUGAAACUGGACACCUUCCAUUCGUUCAACAGCGGCCUCAAACCAGCGCCCGUCUGCCAUUCUAUCAUCAACGUCAGCCAUCCGUUUCGCCUGUUGCCAGGUUGGCCCACAAUCAACAAUUACACGUCAAGACCGCCCAACAGCAAGUUAGAAGACCCACAGAGGCUCCAGUCCGGCAAAGAUUGGUUUCACCAGCGGCUGUUUGAGUCGCCCAAUGAGACGCUAUACAUUCCACUAGAUGGUCUGCCGAUCAGCCCGAUCUGUUUUCAUUCACAUAUCUGACCUAUUAACAUUUUUUUGCUUCAAAUUACUAAAUGAUUUUAUGAUUGAAGGAAAAAAUCAAAUAGUUAUACCGAAUGAAUGCAAUAAACAGAUUCGUACAAACUCA